CAUGGUUAUCCCUUAUAUAACAUAGCUAGUAUGCUUGCCUCUGCACAGCUAGAAUUUGGAACCUUUGUCACAGUAGUUUAGUACUGCUUUGCGAACAAUGAAUUUCAAAAGAAAUCAUGUGAUCCUUGCCAUAUUCAUCUCGUUUGGUACUUUGGCUUCUCAAGCCACAACCCAUGCAUUGUACGAAGCUUCCAUUGCUCAGAAACAUGAGCAAUGGAUGGCAAAGCACGGACGUGUUUACCCCGACAGUUCAGAGAAGGAAAGGCGGCUCGCUAUCUUCACGAAGAAUGUCGAAUUCGUGGAGAAGUUCAACAAAGAAGGGAACAAGACUUACAAGUUGAGCAUCAAUAAGUUUUCUGAUAUGACCAAUGAAGAAUUCAUGAGACAUCAUACCGGAUACAAAGUGCCAACCAGCUCAAGUACUUCAACCUCAUUCGAAAAUAACUCUUUUCAAUACCAAAGCUUGGCUGAUACUGAUAUUCCAACUAGCAUGGAUUGGAGAGAACAAGCCGCCGUCACCGGCAUAAAAGAUCAAGGUCGAUGUGGUGCUUGCUGGGCAUUUACAGUAGUAGCAGCUGUGGAAGGGCUAACCAAAAUUAAAACUGGCCAAUUGAUCUCACUCUCUGAGCAGCAACUUGUGGAUUGCAGUCAUCAGAACGGUGGUUGCAGAGGUGGUAGCUUAGAAAGCGCAUACGAGUAUGUUAUACAAAACGGAGGAAUUGCUCGUGAAGAAAAUUAUCAAUACCAGAGCACGGACAUGGAAACAUGUGACACGAACAAAGAAAGUGAGCAUGCUGCACAGAUCUCUGCUUAUGAAAAAGUCCCUUCCAGAAGUGAGAACGAUCUACUCAAGGCUGUGUACAUGCAACCAGUGUCGAUUAGCAUUGCUGCUUAUGGACCAGAUUUUCAGCAUUACAGCAGUGGUGUGUUUUCCAGCGAUUGUGGAACGCACCUUGACCAUGCCGUCACCGCCAUUGGAUACGGGACGACUGAAGAUGGAAUCCCCUAUUGGUUAUUGAAGAACUCAUGGGGUGAGCAGUGGGGUGAAAGUGGAUAUAUGAGAAUUCUAAGAAACAGUGAUGCCCCAGAAGGUAUGUGCGGCCUUGCUAUGAAUGCUUUCUAUCCGACUGCAUAAGUCUACGUACCAAUCAAACCAAAUAACAUAGCAGGCAGAAGAGCCAUCCUGUCUGACUACUCCCCUUUUCUAUAUCUAUGAAGUAUGCACUUCCAAAUUCCUUAAUUAGUGCUCUGCUUGUACCGGCAUAUUUGCUUGAUCAAGUUUCAAAAAUAAUGAAAUGCUCUUCUAAUCUUAUUAAUCUUGUAA